UGUGGUCGAAGCAACUUGCUGCCAAGCUUUCUAUCUACGUGAAUAUACCUGAAAGAAGCACAGCCGUGUGUCUAAAGAUUUUAAGGAUUAGGUGCAUUUCGCAGGGAGGCUUUCCGGAAGGUUUCCUGGUUGGAAAUGACGCGGGCCCAGAGCGCUGGUUCCCUAAAGAUCGGCUGCGGCCUGGGGUGUCCUUGCAGCCCUGCUGUUUGGGAUGCCAGAAGGGCCUUCUGUGAGGAAGUUUCACCACUUGGUCUCCCCUUUUGUGGGGCAGCAGGUGAUCAGGACAGGGGGCAGUAGUAAGAAGCUAAUCCCUGCUGGCUUUCAGUCCUUGUGGCUCCAGGAUGCCCAGGUCCACGGAAAGAAAUUAUUUCUUAGAUUUGAUCCAGAUGAAGAAAUCAGGUCCCUUGGCAGCAACCCACUGCCAGAACCUCUACAAGAAGGAGAGAGGGAGGAGGCGACCAGGGAACAAAAGCAGACCUUGGGGCCCAAUGGCCAGAAAACCUCUGCCCAGCCCUCCCAGUCCCUGGAGCUUGUCCCCCUUGGGGACAGUGGCUCUGAGUGUCUGGGGGCAGACAGCCCUGCGGGAGGUGCUGAGCGGUGGUUGCAGGUCCGCUUUGGCUUGUUCGGCAGCAUUUGGGUGAAUGAGUUCUCCAGGGCGAAGAAGGCCAACAAGAGGGGCGACUGGAGGGACCCCGUCCCCAGGUUGGUCCUGCAUUUUGGCAGUGGUGGCUUCCUGGCAUUUUAUAAUUGUCAGAUGUCUUGGGGCUCUUCCCCAGUGGUCAUUCCCACCUCUGACAUCUUGUCUGGAAAGUUCCAUCGAGGACAAGCCUUGGAAGCUCUGGGCCAGGAGCAGCCUGUCUGCUAUACACUGUUGGACCAAAGAUACUUCUCAGGCCUAGGGAACAUCAUUAAGAACGAAGCCUUAUACAGAGCUGGGAUCCACCCGCUCUCUCUGGGCUCUCUCCUCGGUCCUCCUCAUCUUGAGGCCCUCUUGGAUCACGUGGUAGAGUUCAGUGCGGACUGGCUUCAGGGCAAAUUCCAGGGCAAACAGCAGCACACACAGAUCUACCAGAAGGAGCGGUGCCCUGUUGGGCACCAAGUCAAGAAGGAAGCAUUUGGACCCCCAGGUGGCUUCCAGAGGCUCACCUGGUGGUGCCCACAGUGCCAGCCCCGGGUGCCACCUGACAAGCCGGAGCAGCCCAGCUCCCCCAGGUCACCUGGGCCCUUUCUUCAUGGGACCUUGCCCUUAAGGGAUAGUGAUGCCUGAACGUUAAGAGAGGAGGUGUGGGUAAGGACUGGGCCUGGGUCCAGGAACCGGAGGGUAGGGUGGUCGGGGGAUGUCACUCAUCUCGGGGGUGGUGUCUAAUGUACAGGAGUCACAGGUUCAGUGUGUCCUUUUCUAGUUUUGGUUCAUUCUUCCUGCCUAAUACUACCACUGUGAGGGAGGGAAAAAAUCACGGCAACAGCUCGGGGCAGAACUCCCCGUGGGGCAGUGAGAACGAAGUGCCUGGCCAAUGCUGUGCCCCCAGAAGACUUUUUUUUUUUUUUUUUUGGAAACUGGUGGUUUUUAAGGCCCUCCAUUUGAGAAACGGGAAGAUGUGUUGUCUCUCUCUGUUCCCCUCGAGGGGUCCAGGGGUGAAGAUGGACUUUAAUGGGAGUAGUGGUCAGAUCCAGCCUGGCUCCUUUCCCCGGGACGGAGCCGCCAGAAGGGGUGGGAGCAGGGGACCAGGGACCUGGCCGCCUUCCUGCUGUGCUCAGAGGCUUUAGGUAAAAGCCCCUCAUUUCUUCCUGAAUGUGAAAUAUUUGUAAUUAUUGGUAUGUUGAACAGUGUAGGAAAUAAGGUUGUUAGUGACAGCCAGAAACUAGGAUGGUGACAUGAAAAUAAAGCUCUUUGUUAUUUUCU